UUAAAAAAUCGUAAACCGCUACCGCAGACACAGACGAUCGAGCGAGACCACCGUAGAGGAUCCUCGCGCGAUCCUCGACGCACCCGGCGACCAGCCGAGCAUUUAAGCAUCUAAUCAGGAUGGAUCCCGUACUUGCGGUCGAGUUAUUGUUCUUCGCCAUCUUCGGUCAGACGACACACGAACAAUUCAAGGUAGAACGUGUGCAGCCCAUUUGGACGCUCGUCCUCUUCAAGCUCACCUUCGGCAUUUACAUGUUGGUGUCGGUGGUGGUGCUUAUUAAUCUCCUGAUCGCCAUGAUGAGCGAUACCUACCAGCGGAUACAGGCGCAGUCGGACAUCGAGUGGAAAUAUGGAUUGAGCAAGCUCAUUCGAAAUAUGCACAGGACCACCACGGCACCAUCCCCGCUGAAUCUCCUGACCACGUGGCUCACGUAUUUCGUCAAACUUUGCAAGAAACGCAUGACCAAAAAGCAACGGCCCUCUCUGAUGCACCUGAUGGGCGGCGCCCGCCUGUCCCCUCGCACCAGGAUGGGCGCCAAGUGGCUGUCCAAAAUAAAAAAGAACACGCAGGUGGGCCACAAGGAUAGCGUCGCCUUAUCGGUGGCUCACCUGAGUCCACUCGGGAGCCAGCUGUCCUUCCGCAACGUCGCCAAGAUCGACAACGUUGUCGACUGGGACGUCGUCAGGCGCAAGUACAGAGACCUUUACGGCGAGAAGAUCGAAGAGAAGCCGGUCGAGGAGACCAAGGAGUCGAUCGAGAAUCCAUUGGCGGUUUUGGAAGGCAUGUCGAACGCCGCCGAGAAAUCGAGGCUUGGACUUUGAGCUUGAACGGGGCGGGAAAUGCUAAGAACGACCCCGUCAACAAUAUAUUACAAAACUCUCCGAAGAAGAAAGAGAGAUCAAAGCUCUUCCUACCAUUCGCAGAUUCGCCGCAAUUAAAUGCGUUCGAUCGCACUGCGUUUUAUUUGUACAUACAUACAUACGCCGCGGGGCGUGUAUACGGAGGACCUUGUCAGUAUUUUCGAAAUAAACGUCUAAUAAGCGUCUCGACUUUGUGUCGGUUGUACAGUUAUUGUUUGCUAGAGAACCUGUGUUCCUUGUGAUCCAUAGUCUAAUCGAUUUACCUAUAACACAUUUUAGAGGCUACCAUGGGGAAUACCCUUGUGCAUAGAGAUCGUUCCACGUCACAUUUGACGGUUAGUUUAUCAACAUUAUUUAAUUACAAAAUUCUCUUUCCACCUAGAAUGUUUUAUCGAUUUAUAUACAUGUACGACAUAUAUCUUUAUUAUAUCUAUAGAGAGCAAUUGCGUAACGGCUCGAUUGCAACGAUGCACGAUCAUUAAGUAUGCCUGCAUCAUAUGUUGCUCACGAUAUUCUCUAUUUUUCCGUGUAAUAUAUCGGCGCUCGAUACACAUGUUUUGUAGGAUGUCUACGUAAGGUCGUAACAUUAGAAAUGCCUUCGAAACUCACGUCAUCAUACAUACUUACAAACUUAAUGUGUAGCAUGUACAUUCAUUGAUAACGUUAAUCAGAAUUGAACGCGUGUACAGGACU